UGGCAUGGACAGUUUAUGUUUAUAACCAUUCUGACCAUUCUGUUAAUCUUACAAACAGGAAGUGAGUUCGACGAGAACGGAAAUGUUCGCAACUGGUGGACGAAGAAAUCGCGGGAAAAUUUCGUGAAACGAUCGACAUGUUUGAUUAACCAGUACAACAACGUUAAAAUAUUUGGUUAUAAGGUUCGUGCAGUUUCUUCUUUUUCUGCACGGUGGGUGCCGGUAUCUAUAGGAGGGGCGAGAGAUCUAUGUUCCCCAAUAGUGAGGGGGAGGGGGGGGGGGUAACUUCUUCUAGCCAAUAAAGCUAUUGUUCUGUUUGUUUUAUUUGGGAGGGGGCGGAUUCGGGUUUGGGAUUUUGUAUUCGUAUUAUGAAACGCUGCUUCGUCGCGUGUUCCAGGCCCCGCAUAGUGUCAAAAAUUGCCAAAAAUAGUUCGUAUUUUUAUCAUAUAUUCAAGUGUUACUAUUGUUUAGCGUAGUUUUUAAAAUAUUUGGAAUAUUUUUCGAUUGAAGAUCAAUCAAUCGGAAGACUAUAACAGAGUUUAGCUCACUAAUCUCACUAUACUUGAAGCUUUGUUUAAGACAUUUUUUUCUCGGUUUUGGUAGGCCUAAUUAGGGAGCUCAUAGUUACUUUGCAUAGCAUUUCACCUUAUUAAUAUUUCUCUUAAGUUCGUUCCAGUGUGAUUAUUUAGGACCUUGUAUAACAAUCUUGAUUUGGUUGUACGUCACCUUGUCUUUAAAUUAUCCCAAGUAAGAGAUCAAAGAACGUCAGCAGAUCUGGUCUCGUAGGUUUGCCCGGUUUUGAAAUUUUGAAAGUUUUUUUUGCAGUUUGUUAUAAACUCCCCGCAAGAGAAAACAAAGUAAGGCUGUAUCUGCGCGCAAUAGUUGUUUGUGAUACAUGCUUAAUAUACCCCGUUAUGUGUUUUUGAGAUUAGUUAUAUCUCAAACUCAUAAUUAGCAUAAAUACCAGACAUAUACUUUGUGGCUUUUUACAUGGUCCCGCUUUGCCGGGACGAGAUGAGAGCAUAUCGAUAUCUUAUAUAAACUAGAUAGCGCAUCUCUUUUAGUAAAAUUGAAGCCAAGAAUAUUCCAGCGGUUACCGCCAUUUGAAUAGAUGGCGGCCAUGUUGAAGUUUCCCACUCGCUAAUAAACGCUUAAAAACAACAAUAACUUUCAUCAUUUGAAUAGUUUAAAAAUGUAUUUGGAAUAGGUUUACCUUAAUAUUUAGGUUCCGUGUAUAGGAUAUAGAAAUCAUACGAAUCUUCUAAUUUCAUAGGAAUAUCCUGAGUCUGCAAUCAGGGCUACAAUUUUUGAAUUGUAGAAUAAUUAGAUGCACUAUCUAUAGUGUAUAUAAGAUAUCUAUGGAUGAGAGGUGGGGUAAUUUGGCGAGUUCAAACAAGUCACUAUAAUAGGCAUAAGUAAAAAGUCAAUAUAUAGGUCGACAAAAUUACUCAUGCAGGUUGUUUUGAUUACUUCUUCGAAAUAUGCGUUUCCGUAGCAGCCUUAACAGAUAUAUUUGUUGACAGUCCCAAACAUGUAGUGUUUGUAUGUGUGUCCAAUCCAAUUAAUUAAUCAACUGAUCAGUCCUAAAUACUAGUCAGUAGCCAGGAAAUACAUUCGGAAUAAGUGCUGAUUGAAAAAGCCAUAAUUCACUUAAAAUUUUGAGGAAAGUUCUUAGCCUACUAAGAAAUACAUGCAUAGAACUCAAUGGUCUACCCGUGACAAAAUCCACAACGACGCGUCCGCAAUCAUUAAUUUACUUCUCACGCUGAGUGGAUUUAGUACCUUCUGUACGCGGUAUGCUCGUUGCUUUGGAGGAACCACCACAUAGUAAUACACAUUGUUUUUUUUAGGUGAAUGGCACAAAUACAUUAUCAGAAAACAUUGCUGAUAACGGUGGCUUGAAAUAUGCUUUUAGGGUAAGUGAAUUUGGAGAAUUCAGAUUGCUGAAGACCCCUUUUGCGUAUCAGCUGGUCAGCUGUUAUGAUACAAGGAACUCUCAAUAAUUAUGGUUGAGGUUGGUACCCUCAUAAACUACUGAAACGUUGCUAACACAAAAUAUAACCGGUUUAAGACUGGAUAAACUUAAGAUUGCUGUGCCUUAAAAAACAAGCAAAAACUCGACGUUUCGAGCAAAGGCCCUUCGUCAAGAGUUAGUGGACGAAGGGCCUUCGCUCGAAACGUCGAGUUAAUUUCUGCUUGUUUUUUUUAGGUAGUAAUAUAACCACUCAGCACAACAUUUUCACAUUGGUACUACCCACAUUGGUACAGACAGUUUUAGUGAAUCUAAGAUUUACUAAAAGAUGUAGAGUUGGUUUUUCGCCAUUUUCGUCUUAUUUUAUCGACGGAUACAGAAUCUAUAUAUUCUCGCAUUAUUCUGUUUGACAAUUUUGUCAUUUUGUUUUCCCAAAUUUUGAAAUUUUUACGCUCUCUCUCUCUACUUCGGAUAAAAAGGAUUAUACUAUAUUCUUGUUUGAUAUUUAAAUUAUAAGUUGUGAAGUUUUGUAUAAUGAUGUUUUGUAACAGGUCACAAACGUAAUUGGCUCACGCUGUGUUAGUGUUCCUGAAUCGUCUUCCUGUUUGCAUAUGUUUAUAUUUCUGUUGACGGCUGAAGUUAAUAAAUUAGAUUAAAUUAAGAUUACAUCUUUUAUCUCUGAAUUUGUUAAUUACAUGCAGUUGUUGUACAAUAAGAUAUUGUUGGUACAUCAAUAAAUAUUGAUAGUAAUUUCAAUUAUCUUGACAUUGGGUGAAUAAAGCUCUUACAAUUCCUUUAGUCUUUUUUCCGUGCCAACCUCUGACCAUAAAAGUAUUGAGCCGUCCCUAAUCCGUUAAGUAAAUUGUAGUACGUAGACUUUUGUUGAGGAAAGAUAAUGUGGGUAAAGGUGAUUGGCUAAACUGUUAAUAAUAAUAAUAAUAAUAACAAUAAUGUUAAUAAUCUAACGUAUUUUUUUCCUUAGGCAUAUCAAAAUUGGCGUGAUACACAUAGCAAUGAAGAUAAGUUACCAGCUCUUCCUUUUAAUAAUAAUCAACUGUUCUUCAUUGGUUUUGCUCAGGUAAGCAUACUCUGGAAUAUUCGUACCUAUAAUUUUCAGCUUUCGGUAGCGUUUUUCUGUAUUUCAUAGCCGAAUUUUAGAGUGCUAGGCAUGACUUGCUCAUGCAUGGUAAUAGACGGCGCAGAAUCUGAUACCUUUAUAUUAAGUUCUACCACUGUGAUUUUCUAGAAGGGAUCACCUACGUGUAAACCAGCACGUUUAUUUCUUUGGGAAUAUAGAUUUUUAAAUCCCACCUCCUCGGUGUCCAGUUAUCAAGUUUAUAUUAUGAACAAUCGCUGUAGGUAGCAAAAUAUUACAAAAUGGUUUUCUAUAAUGCAAGCACUUAAAAACUUAAUCAAACAAUUAUUUAUCUUUUUCAAGCUCAUUAAACUUAUAUUGUGGAAAUACACCUAUUAAAGCUAUGUAAGCUAUGCAGUAAUUAUCCAACAUAAGUUCCCAUUCCCUUACUCGAGGUGACAUGCAUGCAUCUUAUGUACAAAAUAGCGGCUCAACUGGGCGAAUUUUUCAGGAAUCUAUAGCCUUUUAUAUAGCCAUGUCUCAUCGACGGGCUCGUUCCAUCAUGUAUCACGCAUCAGCGUUUGUCUUAAAAUUUGAAAAUUAAACUUUUUCCCUUGUGUAGGAAUGGUGUGCAAAAUAUAAUAAAAUAUAUGUUAAAGCUUCGAUGGAUAAGGACGUACAUUCUCUGAAUCCAGUUAGGUGAGCAGUAUGGGGUAUUGGUGUGGGUAUUGAUGGCAUAGUGGUUAGUGCAACCGCAAGUCCCUUUCAACUCUAUGACCGAGUUUGAUUUUUCGCAGGUUUUUCCGGAUACUUAGUUUCGUCCUGUUACUCUGUUCUGUUAAGGGAUAGCUCUUUCAGGACCUCUGGCAUCUUUUAUAAAAUAAAUGGCUUGAUACAGUGUUUUGAAAAUGGGAACACUUGAAUAAAAUUCAUCGACACAUCGUGUAUUUUCACUGUAGAAAAUUAAAACGAAACUAUAGCCGACAUGAUAUUGCCAUUCAUAUCCUAACUAUUUAUUUUUGCUUUAAUUUUAGAGUACGGGUCCCACUGACCAACUUUCCUGAAUUUAGUAAGGCAUUUGGAUGCACACCGUCAAACAAUACUUGCACCUUUUGGUAGUCCUGUUUUUACUUCAAUCAUAUUUAAUAGAAAAUAAACAUGGUUAGGUCUGAGACUGCAUGGUAAUAUUCAAAGAGAUUUACCGUCGGACUCCAAUAGUGAAAGCGCAUAAAUCUUAGAAGAGAAUUGGCAAAGAAAAUUAAGUUUUUUCUUACUUCAGACAAAUUUUAAAAUGCCUGUCAAACAUAUUUAAAAAGAAGAACGAGAAUGUUACGGAUAUUUUUUUAUAUCAUACUUCCUCAUCUGCCAAUUGAAAUCGCGAAGCAUUGUUCAAUGUUCAUAUUUAGCGUAAUGCACGGUCAGAUUUUCUAUUGUUUUUACGCAUUUUUGAGGAACCAUUGCAAAGGCAAAUUCAGGAGUCGAGGAACAUUAAACACUUCUUCCAGGUCUGUUAUUAAAAGCCUGUACAACGUUUCUAAACGGUCUUUGGUUUCGAAAUAUUCCGACCUGCAAAAAUAGCGUGUAGUCCGCCAUCUUGCUUCUUGGCUCAAUAUAGGUGACGUCACAACUGGGGUGAAGGCAAAUUUUUAUUCUGCAACAAGAUUUCAUUGUCCAUCAUCCAUUUUAAAUUAACUCACACUUCUCUUUAAAUGCAGUCACCCAUAUUGAUGGUAGUUUUAACAAGUUGAACCAACGAGGAAUUUUGUUCUCGACCAAUCAAUGCAGUUGUUGACAUCUUCGCUCUAAGCCAAUCAGAAUGCGUAAUUGGUUAUUACUUCCGGUAAAAACAUACAUUAAUAUGAAGCAUAUAAUUAAGCAUAUAAAACAUACAAACAUAUAAUUCAUUUAUACGAAAUUCCCCCUUGUUAGUUAAACUCUGUUGUGAUGUCACUCAAAUCCCAGCUAAUUAGAUCAAAUAUAGAAACAAGAUGUUUCUGGUCAGAAUAAUUCUAAAACCAAGAAAUAUAGAAAAGGCUUGUCAAGGAUUUUCAUAUAUCAUUUUAAAUGUUCUUUCAAAUGUUUUCUCCCCAUUUCCCAUUAAUGCUUACACAUUAAUAUGUUUGAGCAAUUGAAGUUUAAGGUGGCAGCUAUUGCAUGGAGUAAUAUAUUUUUGCGUGAAACAUGAGGAUAUUACCUCCCGUAAUUGCACUGUUAUUAAGAUAAAUCAGACAUGUAGCUAAGAAGUUUGAUCUACGUAUAUCAAAGUAUUAAUUAAUAACUGUUAACUCAUCCACUCACCCAUCCAUGUUUACAUGCAUAUACGCUUCACAUUUCUAGAAACUAUGUACUGGCGUAUAUAGGUUUACUUGGCAUGAACAAAUUUCCAUAAAUAAAAACACAGAACAUUGCCUUGUCGACAAUCUAAACCAUGUUUAUUUUCAAUUAAUUGUUUUUUAAAUGUUAUGCUACCGAGGUUUAUACAUGUUAAUCUGUUAAUGAUAGAACAGGUUGUUUUUCUUGUUGUUAAACAUAACGAAUGAUUUUUUCUGUAAUUCAUAUUGGUUAUUUUUUACUUAAUUAAUAUUUUUUCUUGUUGUGAAUUAAACAAAGCAAAUGAUUUG